AUGACGCUCGAUAUCGAUGCGAAAGAUCGCCCAGCGUUCCGUCUUCCCCAUCCUCCUCCUCUCCUGCACACUCGCACCGGCAAUGAUGUUCUCGAUCGCCCCUCCACGUCUGGCGAGGAUGGAUUUACCAGCCCAAUCCAGACACCGCAAGGCAGCCCCAGCAAGAAUCGGAUGCCUCCCGGUGCCCUCGAUCUCCCCAAUGUUUUCGAUAAGGCGUUGAAAUUACAGCCCACGUCGCCCACCAAAAAUACUCACAACCACUAUAACCAUCCCAUGUUUUCGAGACCUCGAAGUGGCGAGUCCCUCAACGAGAGUGUCGUGCGCCCGGCGAGUCCCACACGCAAAUCCAACAAAGAGAACACCCCCCCAAACUCCACCCGGCUGACCAAGAAUCUGGGUCCGAAUCCCGCGGCGGCAGCCAUCUCGCGUCACGAGCAGUAUCAGACCCGGGACCUGGAGAGUGUUCAAAGAAGGCAGGUUGCGAUGCGGGGGCUGACGCCAGAGGAGUUGGAAAAGCUUCAGAGCCCCCGCGUGAAGCGUCUAGUUAAUGUGACCCAAUUAUACUUUCUCGAUCAUUAUUUCGAUCUGCUAAGUUACGUUCACAAUCGGCAGACGCGCUAUUCCCAGUUCCGCGCCGCUUAUCCAGAGCCCCCCACGACAUCCAUGGAAGAAUACGAACCGGCCCUGUUGAAAUAUUUGGGUCGGGAGCGGGCCCACCUCCGCAAACGUCGUACCAGACUUCGCCAGCACGAUUUCCAGAUCCUGACGCAGGUUGGCCAGGGUGGGUAUGGACAGGUAUAUUUGGCGCAGAAGAAAGACACCCGCGAGGUGUGCGCACUAAAGAUCAUGAGCAAGAAGCUGUUGUUCAAAUUGGACGAAAUCCGGCAUAUUCUCACCGAACGUGACAUCUUGACGGCGGCGAAGAGCGUGUGGCUGGUCAAACUCUUGUACGCAUUCCAGGACGAUAGUCAGAUCUACCUCGCGAUGGAGUAUGUCCCCGGGGGGGAUUUCCGGACUCUACUCAACAACACCGGCGUUCUUCACAACCGCCAUGCUCGAUUCUACAUUGCGGAAAUGUUCUGCUGUAUCGAUGCCCUACAUGCACUCGGCUAUAUCCAUCGUGAUCUCAAGCCAGAGAACUUCCUCAUCGACUCGACUGGUCAUGUUAAAUUGACGGACUUUGGCCUGGCAGCGGGCAUGCUGAGCCCCGGCAAGAUUGAGUCCAUGAGGGUGAAAUUGGAGGAAGUGGGCAACACACCGGUGCCGUUUGGCCGGCCAAUGGAACAACGCACCAUGGCUGAGCGCCGCCAGGGUUAUCGUAGUCUCCGGGAGCGACAGGUCAAUUAUGCCAAGUCCAUCGUCGGAUCUCCCGAUUACAUGGCCCCCGAGGUGCUCAAGGGUGAGGAGUACGAUUUUACAGUGGACUACUGGAGCUUGGGCUGUAUGCUAUUUGAGGCGUUGGCGGGCUAUCCACCGUUUGCCGGUGCAACCGUCGACGAAACCUGGCAGAAUCUCAAGUGCUGGCAGAAGGUGCUUCGCAAGCCGGUGUACGAGGACCCGAACUACUUCCUAUCGCGCCGCACGUGGGAUCUGAUCACUAAGCUGGUGGCUUCGAAGGAGAACCGAUUCAAGAAUAUCCAGGAGAUUCACGGACACGACUACUUCAGCGAGGUAGAUUUCAAUCACCUGCGUGAGCAACGAGCCCCGUUUGUGCCCGAACUGGAUUCGGAGACAGACGCCGGUUACUUUGAUGAUUUUACCAAUGAGGCAGAUAUGGCCAAGUACAAAGAGGUGCAUGAGAAACAACGAGCGCUGGAGGACAUGGCUGAACGCGACGAUAAAAUGAGCAAAGGACUGUUUGUUGGAUUUACAUUCCGGCAUCGCAAACCGGUACUUGACGGAGUAGGACGUUCUUCUCCACGCAAACCGAUUGCAACGGAUGGAUCGUUCGGUACGAUGUUUUAA